CGCCAAAGUGUGAAUUUCCCACGAGCGGGUGAAGAGAGUUUGCGGUGGUACCAAGGGGGACAGACAGAUAUGGGACUUUAUGGAUUUAACAGCAUUGUCUAACUCAGGCUUUCCCAAGAUAGACUUCAACAUCGUCAUCGGCGCAUGAGAGUUUGUCUUCUUUCAUGAUCUGUCAGAUGACAUAAUCCCACACUUUAGUGUUGGAUAACCCUGUUUUCCACACACGAGUUCACCCAACUGUAUGUUGAUGAUGUAAAUUACCGAACAUCGUCAGGAUUUGUAUUCAUCCAAAGUUUUAAGCAUUUUCUGAUUUGAUUGUUAUUGCAUCACGGAUCCAUCUUGGAGUCAAUGGUUAAUUGGUGAUUGGACUUGUGAAAUUUGGUAGACGGUGUCUUACUCACCAGCAUGUCUACGAGACAACUACGCAAACAGCUUUCUUGGCUGCUUCUUGGAAUCCUUCUUGCCACAACGAGUACCUCACAAGCUCAAAAUAAUCCUUGCCAGCAGUCACAACAGCUAUGUCUGAACGGUGCGAUAUGUCGUCCGGCUUAUCUCAACCCGGGGUACAUAUGCGAGUGCCAAGGAAGCUGGCAAGGACAGAACUGCGAGCAGAGACUCCCGGGAUUGUCACCGUCAAUUCCUAAAGAGUGUGGCAGUAAUUUCUACAGUGACUCUGGCGUCAUUACCACGACAAACUUCCCACUGCCGCCGAAUGACAACGAAGACUGUUUCUACAUCGUUCGGAUACCUUCGGCCGAGUCGAUUACUUUUUUCUUUGACGUCUUCCUUUCUGAGAAUCAUAAAGAUGGGUUGAUCAUCUAUCCUGGCACCACAGUGAAUGAUCAAUCAUCAGAUCUACGGACGUAUAUUGGAACUGACCAAAUCGCUCCACAAACAUUCAACACUAACCAGGUAGUGUUGUACUGGUAUACAGACUUCAAUGUUCCAAGUGGAGGCUUUUCAAUCAGAUAUGAAGCCGAUCCUGAUCCUUGUUGGGUUAAUCCAUGUCAAAAUGGGGGUUUUUGUAAUAGAAUCGGCAGCACUGGGACCAAUGGGUACCAGUGCACCUGUCUCCUAGACUUCAGCGGAGUCAACUGUGAAAUAGGCACCGUAAUCGUUUCACAGACCGCCAUCAGUGUGAGCUCCGGUAUUCCUGUUAUUCAGGGUCGUCUCAGACUGAAAACCCAAUCCACACGCAAGUCUUCGGUCCAAAGUGGGAUUUGCAGAUGUGGCACUUAG